AAGCCCCUAGACUGUAAUUGAUGCAUAUAAGCCCUCGAAACUCGGGGAUCAAAGCAAUUAAGCCCUUCUUCUUACGCGUUUGGGACUGCCGGCCUGACUUAACUGCCGUUGAGGACACACCCCGCUUGGCUGCUUGGAUGGCAAAAAAUUGCCCUUUAAGUUGGCGUAAGAAGAAGGGCUUAAUUGCUUUGAUCCCCGAGUUCAAGGGCUUAUAUGCAUCAAUUACAGUCUAGGGGCUUAAUAGCGAUUCUGGGGUUGGUUCAGGGGCUUAACUUAUGGUUUUGCC